AAAAAAAAAAAAAACCUUCAUCUUUAUUCAAUGAGCAAGGCAGAGAGAGAGAGAGUAAAGUUGUCUGUUUGACUAAGACAGACAAUUUGGAUAUUUGAUUUUUUUUAACAGGAGGGAUGGCGGCAUCUUUGGAGUUUCCUUUUACAAGUGCACAGUGGAAGGAGCUUGAGAGACAAGCUAUGAUAUACAAGUACUUGAUGGCUUCUGUUCCCGUGCCCCCUGAUCUCCUCAUUCCCAUUGGCGGAAGUCCCUCAUUUCCAGUUGCUUCCCACUCUGCCUGUAAUCUCCCUCUUUCUAUUUACCUUACCUUUUUAUUCAUCAAUUCCUGUCAUGUUUACUGGUGGGAUGUCUUUGCUUGAAUGAGAAAAUUUGUUCCUUUUGUUGUCUGACUGGCAUAUUCACUAAGUGGAGGGUUGCUUUCUAGCUAUGCCAAGAGAUGUAAGAUUUUUUGUUUGAAAAAACACUUUGUUCUUUUUGUUGUGGGCAGUGGGUGGUGUUGCUCUAAAUCUAAGUUUCUCAAGUAGAGAUCUCGAGCCAGGGAGGUGCAGGAGAACAGAUGGAAAAAAAUGGAGGUGUUCUAAAGAUGUGGCGCCUUACCAAAAGUAUUGUGAGCGUCACAUGCAUAAAGGUCGUCCCCGUUCAAGAAAGCCUGUGGAACUUACGAACAAGAAGACCCCCCAUGCCCAUACUCAAGCUCUUUCUUCAUCUUCCUCUGUUAUUCUCACUAAGAAUGCUUCUCCAUCUCAGUUUGUUGGAACUCUUACUCAGCCCUUCCAGCAGAAUCAGACCACUUGUUUUCUCGAUAAGCCAAGUGAAAAAGCUGCAACAUUUUGGCCUGUGACUUAUGUUUCUUCCUACAAGGAACCUAGGAACUCGGACUGGAUUAUGAAUGAACUCAUUCCCCUGGCUUCAUCUGACCAACAACGGCAUCAUCUCAUGCAAAUGGGACCAACUAUUGCCAGUUCAUUCUCCAAUGCUGAUAACACCUUUGUUCACAACCAAAAUUAUAACAAGGAACCUCUGAACUUGAAUUCAUAUGCCAAUUUCAGUGGUACAGAAGAUCAACAACGCACUAGUUGCCCUUUGUUUCUCAACUCUGAAAUAGUCCAGCUAGAUAAGUCCCCGAAAGGUACACCAAGAGGCUUUGUUGAUGCGUGGUCUACUGGUAUAUCUGAUGACCACAAAGCCAACUCUGGAGCUGAAACCUCUGUUUCCUCUAAUGGGAAGCUCUCUUUGUCCUCACCUUCUCCGUCAAUGGGAGUCAAUAAUAUCAGGGAUGACGAGUUGGGUCCUAUUCAUAUGGGGUUAGGAGUGACUGAAUCUGAUCAGAACCAUGAGUAUGCUUCCAAAUCACACCUUUCAAGCUGGUUAGCCCCUGCAUCUUGGGCUGCUUCCACACCUGGAGGCCCACUCGCAGAGGUUUUAAGGCCAAGCAAGAUCGCAACUGCCACAGAAGACCCGGAAGGCAGCUCCAAUCCAUCAUCUUCCGUUACCGGAAAUGGAAAUUCCUGUAGUCCAGCGGCGCUUGCGGUGUCUUCACCAUCUGGUGUUUUACAAAGAACUCUUGCUUCGUUGGACCAAACCUGAGAUUGGUUUGAUUUGGCUUAAAGGAAAUUAGCAGGGCUGUAAAUGAAUCGAACAUAAAGUAACUAAUAUUUGUGUUAACUCAUUUAUUUUUAAAAGUAUUCAUGUGAUUUGUAUUUAU